AUGGCCACAGGACAAGACUUUGAGAAGCUCUUCAAAGACGAUGCAUUUGUUUCCAAAUACAAAAUCGGCGAAAAGAUCACCGGAGAGUUCGCAAAGGUAUUGAUCGAACAAUCUGGUAUAGCCAACUCGACGCAGAGACCGCUUGUUAUCUUUGACAAUGCCUGUGGAACGGGAAUCAUCUCCAGCACUCUCCACGAUACCCUCAGCGUUAGUGCUAGGGAAACCUGGAAACUGACCUGUGGUGACAUCUCCGAGGGCAUGCUCGAGUAUACCAAACAAAGAAUCGAGCAUGAGCAUUGGCACAAUGCUGAAACAAAGAUCGUGGAUGCACAGAAUACUGGCUUGCCCAGCACUCACUAUACUCAUGUUUUCGCAGCAUUUGUCUUUACGACUGUCCCUAAUUACCAAGCUGCACUUGACGAUCUAACUUAUCAUUCUACUUCAGAAAGCUUCAGAAUACUUCAACCAGGAGGCACGAUCGCUAUAUCCACAUGGGAGAAACCCGGCUGGAUACCUAUUGUGAAAUCUGCCGUUGAAACUAUGCCUGGAAACCUUCCCUUUCCCACAACAGAAGAAUUUCUGAAAACCAACACUGGUCAAUGGAAUAGUGGCAGCUGGGUAGAGUCUCAGCUCAGAAAAGGAGGUUUCGAAAACGUCCAGAUCACUGCAGUUUCAAGAUCUGUCCGGUUUGACAUACAUGAAUUCGUUAGCAUGGCCAUGGCAAUACUGCCAAUGCUAUUGCAGAAGUUUUGGACACAAGAGCAGCGAGAUCAAAGUGAAGCCAAUGUCCAACCUACACUGCUAAGGUACCUGGAAGAAAAGUAUGGACCACAUGGACAAGUUCCGGCGGAAUUCGUUGCUGUCAUUGCCACGGGCCAUAAACCGUGA